GAAAAAAAAUUUACUUCGAGAAGAAACGAUUAUGAUUCCGGGUAGCAAUGAUAGAUAGGUUGUAAAUAGACUCGAUCGUUGUAGAAUUUUGCUUUGUAUAUGUACCGUAAAUGUCUUCAGGUGCAGUUAUAGGUGGGUUUGCAGCAGCUUUUGGCACUGCUUCUGCACUUGGGGUUAUUGGAAUAGUUGUUCAUGUCUGUCAUUAUCAACCCAACGCGAGAAGUCGACUCUUGGCACGUAGAAGAAGUUUUAUUGAGCGAGCUAGACAAAGUCACGUUACUUUUGUACAGAGUCCACAGAACAAAGCCCUCGAAUUGGAAGAUAUUGAAUGUUUCUGUCCGCAGUUGAGAUAUUUAGGAGCGGACAACGAACCAGCUUUAGUUCUUCCCCAUGACAGAACGGCCGUUUGUUUAUCAGAGUGGUUGGAACAGAAACAACGUGUUUUAGAAGACACACAAGUAUGUAUAAACAUGGAAGCAAGUCCUGAAGAUUCGGAAUGGUGCAAUCUUGAGGCUGAGUCACAAAGGGGAAGUGGUGGGAUGAACGAAGUGGUUGAUGUCAAGCUUUCUUCGACAAGUUGUAACCAUACAACACACCAUUCUCAUAAGAUAAAACAGAAAACUUGUCCUUUGUUGAUUGGUGGUGACAUGGUUCCUGAUGAAGUGUGUGCUAUUUGCUUGGAUUCGGUGCAAGUGGAUAGUCUUAUUCGUGUAGUGAAAUGUGGUCAUGCAUUUCACAGUUCUUGUAUUGUGCAUUGGCUAACGAAUGCCAAUAGAUGUCCUCUUUGUAAUACUGCUGCAGUAAGUGAAGAAGAUAAGAAGUACAUAGAGUUGAAGCGUUCAGCACAUGGAACAACAUCGCCUAGUGUAUGGCCCUUUCCUAAGCCAAAUUUGAGUGAAAGCGACAUCGAUGAAUGUUUAUUUCGGAGCCUUGAAAGAGUUUUGAAAGAAGUACAGUCACGUUGUGCUAACGAAGAACAACUUGUAGAAUAGUUUUUGUAGUUUUUGUUGGAAGACAAGUUUGCUACAAGUAUAUUUUUUUGGAAAGCUUGGAAGGCGUGUCUUUCAUUUCUCUUUCUUCCAAAUGUGAAUAACAAUUAUUUGACAGAAUCCUAUUUGUUCGAACAGAGAGAAGGGAAUAGGACAAGCAUUACUAAAGUGAGUUUGAAAAGUCUCUUUUUUUCUUACAAGAAUAAUUGUCACUUGAUAGCUCUUUUGAACAAUAAAGAGUAAGCAUAUCUUCCAUGGAAGGGAAUUAUAGUUAUAUUGAAA